AUUGAUUAUUUCAGCACUGAUAGCUAAGAUCCACGUCGUAGAGUGGACACCAACUAUUCUCAAUGAGAAAUUCGUGAAAUACGCUGUUGAUGUUGAAUGGUUUGGGAAACUAGCACCGGAAGUUCUGUCGGCACUGAUGAAAAACAACGUCACACUAGACCCAGGGUCUGUCAAGGCCAAUAUUGGUAACCCUAGAAACUUCGGCAAGAAUAAUGUUCCUUUUUCACUGACUGAGGAGUUUGUAGCAGUCUAUCGGUUCCACUCGCUAUUACCAGACCAAAUACACAUUCGCAGUAUGGAUACAGGUGCAAAGACUGGCAAAGUCUACACAUUACCAGAGGUUACCUUUGGAAAGGUGGCAGACGUGUUUGAUCAGAACGACAUCAAAGACAUACUUUACACAUUUGGUACGGAAAACCCAGGUCAACUGGUGUUAAACAACUACCCUGUUACUACAUCUGAUCUAGUGAUACCAAAACACCAAGGAGGUGGUGGGCUGAUCGACCUCGCCACGAUAGACAUCAUCCGUGACCGUGAGCGCGGUAUCCCAAGGUAUAACAAGUUCCGUCACCUUCUCGGUCUCCAGCCUCUAGUCAACUUCACACAAUUCGACGUGUCGCCGGAACAAGUUCAGAAGCUCAAGAACAUCUACAAUAACGAUAUYAACCAGGUUGAUUUGCUCGUUGGAUCUCUUGCGGAGAGGAGGCCCCCGGGGUUUGGGUUUGGCGAGACUCCCUUCGUGCUAUUCCUCUUGAUGGCUAAUCGACGAAUGUUAACGGACAG